AUGAUACAACAAACCAAUGUACUAUUCACUGAUCCAUUAUACACCAUCGCUGCGAUACCUGGCAAAUACGCAAAAGUCUAUAAAAAAGAAUAUAACAUAGGAAGUGUCAUAACUACUAUUACAACUACUGAUACUAGUGGUUGUAGUAGUAAUACUAGUAUAUCAACCUCCUCAUUGAAUAAUCAUCGACAAUCAGAUGUCACCUGUUUAUGGUCCAGUUCCAUCGAUAUUCCGCAAAUUCAUCUGAGAUGUUGCCAAAUGAAACCUGUCGAUAACACAGACAAACAGUGCUGGUGGUCACGAUAUAAUCACAUUGCGGAUGAUCCAACAACAAAUAUUCGUUCUGAAGGUACCGGUAUAUUGACUGCUUGGGCGGCAGCUAUUAGACAAGCCAUGAUGCCGAUUACACCACAAACAAGUGCGGUUAGCGUGCAAGAGCAUACCAUUGUGGACAGUGGUCAGCAACAGCAAUCGCAAAAUAUACAACAAUUCAACAAUUCCAUUGAAGAUGAAAUGGGUCAAUUAGAUACACAGUUACAGGGUGAGCAAGAUUUUUCGCAGCGUUAUCAAAUUUUUAUCGAUGAAAUCCUUGGUUCAGGGCAAUUUGGGAUUGUAUAUGGAGGAAUUCAUCGAAAAACAGGCAGACAUGUUGCUGUGAAAUUGAUUAAUAAAAUGAAAUUUCCAAACAACAAAGAAGCAGCUCUUCGAACCGAAGUUGACAUUUUAAGCAAAGUUGAACAUCCGGGUGUGGUGGCAUUCCAGGAAAUGCUGGAAACAGCAGAUCGAAUAUUCGUUGUAAUGGAAAAGCUUAAGGGUGAUAUGCUGGAAAUGAUUUUGUGCAGCGAAAGAGGAAGAUUAUCCGAACGGGUUACACAAUUUCUUGUUUAUCAGAUACUUAUUGCGCUACGUUAUCUUCACAGUUUGAAUAUCGUGCAUUGUGAUCUGAAACCUGAAAAUAUUUUGCUAGUUUCGGAUUCGGAUUUCCCUCAGGUAAAGCUUUGUGACUUCGGUUUUGCCCGGAUUAUUGGUGAACGAGGAUUUAGGCGAUCUGUUGUUGGCACACCUGCUUAUCUUGCCCCAGAAGUGCUAUGUAAUAAAGGCUUUAAUCGGUCGUUGGAUAUGUGGUCUGUUGGUGUCGUCGUAUACGUCAGUUUAUCCGGCACAUUCCCAUUCAAUGAAGACGAGGACAUCAAUGAUCAAAUCCAGGAUGCCGAUUUCAUGUAUCCUGUAAACCCGUGGUGUGAAAUUACAGCUGUGGCAGUUGAUUUCGUCAACAAUUUACUGCAAGUUAAAAUGAGCAAGCGAUUAACGGUGUUGAAAGCAUUAAGUCAUGAAUGGCUGGAAAAUUAUCAGCUUUGGUCAGAUUUGCGAUCUUUGGAAAAAAAAAUUGGCGGACGGUUCCUGACGCACGAAUCAGACGAUGCUCGAUGGAUUAGUUAUGAGAAUAAAUUCGGUUUGAAACCUACUUAUUUGUAG